CUCUGCCGCGGAUUGGAGCUCACCUGGGUGGUACUGUUAGUUCCCAGCGAGUACGGUGGCUGGAAGCGGUUAAGAAUAGGCUUUCCUGGACCGUUAAUGCAACAGAAGAAGACUAUACUGCAGAGACUUUUCUGAAAUUGGCCUUGAAGCGUAUGUUGAAUUUUAAUCUUCCUCCUAUUAAAAACAGCACAGGAGAACCUAUAUGGAAGGUUCUCAUUUAUGACAGAUUUGGCCAAGAUAUCAUCUCUCCUUUGCUGUCAGUGAAAGAGCUGAGAGACAUGGGCAUCACCUUGCAUCUGCUUUUGCAUUCUGAUCGAGAUCCUAUUCCAGAUGUUCCAGCAGUAUACUUUGUAAUGCCAACAGAAGAAAAUAUUGACAGAAUGUGCCAGGAUCUUCGAAAUCAGCUUUAUGAAUCGUAUUAUUUAAAUUUUAUUUCUGCUAUUUCAAGAAGUAAACUGGAAGAUAUUGCAAAUGCUGCCUUAGGAGCUAGUGCAGUAACACAAGUAGCAAAGGUCUUUGAUCAGUAUCUCAAUUUCAUUACUUUGGAAGAUGAUAUGUUUGUAUUGUGUAAUCAAAAUAAGGAGCUCAUCUCUUAUCGUGCCAUUAACAGACCAGAUAUAACGGACACUGAAAUGGAGGCCAUUAUGGACACUGUGGUUGACAGUCUCUUCUGCUUUUUUGUUACACUUGGAGCUAUUCCUAUAAUCAGAUGCUCAAGAGGAACUGCAGCAGAAAUGGUGGCAGUGAAACUGGAUAAGAAACUCCGAGAGAACCUAAGAGAUGCCAGAAACAGUCUUUUCACAGGUGAUACGCUUGGGGCUGGACAAUUCAGCUUCCAAAGGCCUUUGUUAGUCCUUGUUGACAGAAACAUAGAUUUAGCAACUCCUCUACACCAUACGUGGACAUACCAGGCAUUAGUGCAUGAUGUACUGGAUUUCCAUUUGAACAGAGUUAAUCUAGAGGAAUCUUCAGGAAUGGAAAAUUCUCCAGCAGGGGCUAGGCCAAAGAAAAAGAAUAAAAAAUCAUACGACUUAACUCCAGCUGAUAAAUUUUGGCAAAAGCAUAAAGGCAGUCCUUUCCCAGAGGUGGCAGAGUCUGUUCAGCAAGAGCUGGAAUCCUACAGAGCCCAAGAAGAUGAGGUCAAAAGGCUUAAAAGUAUUAUGGGAAUUGAAGGGGAGGAUGAAGGAGCAAUAAGUAUGCUUUCUGAUAAUACAGCUAAACUAACUUCAGCUGUUAGCUCUCUUCCAGAACUACUUGAAAAGAAAAGACUCAUCGAUCUUCAUACAAAUGUUGCAACUGCUGUCCUGGAGCAUAUAAAGGCACGGAAACUGGAUGUGUAUUUUGAGUAUGAGGAAAAAAUAAUGAGCAAGUCCACUCUCGAUAAAUCUCUCUUGGACAUGAUUUCUGACCCUGAUGCCGGAACUCCAGAAGACAAGAUGCGAUUGUUUCUUAUCUAUUACAUAAACUCAGUGCAGGCACCAUCAGAGGCUGAUUUGGAGCAAUACAAAAAAGCAUUGACAGAUGCAGGAUGUAAUCUUACUCCCUUGAAGUACAUAAAACAAUGGAAGGCUUUUGCCAAGAUGGCUUCAGCUCCUACCAGCUAUGGAAACACUACGGCUAAACCAUUGGGUCUUUUUUCACGUGUUAUGAAUACAGGCUCACAGUUUGUGAUGGAAGGAGUGAAGAAUUUGGUAUUGAAACAGCAAAAUCUACCAGUCACACGUAUCCUAGACAACCUUAUGGAGAUGAAGUCAAAUCCAGAGUCUGGAGUCAAAAAUAAUUUGAUCAGAUUACUAGUUUGUGAUGUAUUUAAAGAUUAUGUUACAAUGCAUCUUCACAAGGGAGCCAAAUUAAGAUUUCACAGGUAACUUUAAUACUGUCAU